CCACUUGGCCUGGCCCGCCCCUUCGCUGCUGUUGACUACGAACGCGGGCAAAUAUUUAUAUUAAGAGAUCUCGUCAUUGGAGCCCCAGGCAGUUGUUGGUAUACCAGACAGUGAGCGUGAAGCCUCGGAGCUAGUUUGUUCAUUCUCCUCGAGCCCAGUUGAGGAUUGCCCUGCACGGUUGUGGGUUGAGUUCGAUCGCUCGUACUGGAGGCUGGGUGGGCAUAGAGAAACAGAAACUGACCAUAUUGCGUCGCUGCAACUCUGAGUGUGCCGGAACUUGAGCUCAUCAGGAACGAUGUCGUCCACAGGCACUACUCUUUCAGCUUCCGAGGGUGACAAGGGGUUCAGAAAUGGAGCGGCCCCAGCGAAAUCUAAGUCUCACUCGACUAUUGCUCUUCUUAGACUUUUGGCAUUCGCAGCGACGCUAUCGGCCUUCGUGACCAUGAUCACCAAUAAGCAAAAGAUUACCAUCGGUCCUUUCACCAGGUGGUCGAAGUGGCACUACUCGGACGCGUUCAUGUGGUUUGUCGUUGCCAACUGCAUUGCAUUCAUCUACUUGCUGUUCGCCGCGAUUCUGGGGCUCAUUUCUCACUCGCCUAUGCUCGUCAAGCACCUCGUUAUCCUCGACCUGAUUGUGUCGUACAUGUUAUUCUCAGCAGCUUCCGCUGCUACUGCUGUCGCCUACAUUGGCAAGAACGGAAUCUCUCAACCCGGCUGGACUGCAAUCUGCGGCGUAUUCGAGAGGUAUUGCCACCACGUUGCCGGAGCUCUGGUGGCUUGCUUCUUGGGCUGGUUGUUCUUGACAAUUGCUGUCUUUUUGGGCAUGCGAAGGUCUCCAGCUGCCGUGUAAAUGAGAGUUUGGACCUCGGGUAGUGCUUUCCCUUGAAUCACAUACAAGCGACAAAGUUGUGUUUGGACCCAAUGGGACGUGUACAAGGGAAGGUCGUGACUACAUCAGUGAGAAGAAUCUCGAAAUUAGAAAAAGUCGAUUUUUCUUCGAUCGGUCGUACUUCCUUAGAAAGGGAAGAGCAGAAAUGAUGAAAGGCGAUAGAGGAAGAAGGGGUAAAGAAUUCAUGUACAGCUAGUUGACGUAGAGGUAGAGUUCAUUGUUAGUAAUCACCACCGCAUUUUAUCAAUUGAAAACAAAAUUAUGGCUUUCAUUUUUU